AUAAAUAUUCAAAUCAAUAUAUUCUUUCGUGUAAUAAAGUAGAUGCAAAGAAAAUCCAGAUUUAACAGAUACUAUUUCUUCUGGAAACGUUAUCACUAGAAAACUACUAAGCAGGAAUGUGCCAAUACUCUUUUGUUCCAUUGCAGUUCGAUAAAUAUUUUUCGCGACGGCCGAGAGACGGAAUGAUAUCCGUCCGCGAUACAAUGGCGUCACAGUGUAAACGGUCUCGGUCGUUCCUGUGCCGUUGACAAUACGCUUCGCGGAAUAAGACAAGCGCGCGUGUAUGAACAAUAUCGAUAGGAACAAUUAGCCGGGGAUUGGGCACGCGGUUUGUGACGCAACGAGCGCGUUGACACGAUUUAACCCGUAAGCGAGCGGUCCGGGAUUGAGAUGAUCGUGAGCGACAAGGAUCGAGGACAGAAAAGUAGUGGCAUGCGCAUAGCAUGGAGCUUCCGGUUCCCAUCUAUGGGCACCCUGCAAAAUCUAGGCGCCAGCGGCCGUCGUCGGAAGAGGAACGGCAUAUCCUCUUCAGCUUCUUGUAAGGAGCUCUAUCAGAAGCGGCACACGGUUCAUCUGCAACCGGAAAUAAUUAUUCAAAAGCAGCCCUCCCUCAUCGUGACGCCUCUGUCACCGGAAGACCUGCCAGAAGAGAGCCGGAGGUCGUCGGAGGUGAGAGCCGAGGAAGAGGAGACGGCGGACAGAAGGGUGGACCAGGACGCGGGUUCCGGAGAGGCUGCCGGGAAAAGGGUUGACAGCGGCGACUAUUCAAAUUUACCCAUGGAGCCGCCAGAAGAGUCGACGCGUAAACUCUUGGAGCGGGAACUUCGACUUCUGGAUCCGAGGGACCUAAGAUCUCACGCUUGGUACCAUGGCAGCACGCUGCGGGGCGGUAGAAAAGGAGCCGAGGCGGAAGUGCCGAACGACGGUGACUUUUUGGUUCGCGACUGUGCCUCCCAACCCGGAAACUAUGUCCUCACGGUCCGAUGGAAAGGUCAGCCUCUUCAUUUUGUCAUUAACAGGGUCGUGAUCCAACCGGAAACAGUCUACGAAAGAGCGCAGUACCAAUUCGAGGACGAAGCAUUUGACACAGUUGCGGACUUGAUAACAUUCUACGUCGGCAGCGGUCGGCCCAUCAGCCAGGCAAGCGGUGCUAGAAUAAUCACGCCGAAGCCUAGAUCAGUCCCUCUGACCAGCGUCGCAGCGUCCGCGAACAGUCAACACUGUUCCAGCCCCUCCUCGUCAUCCCUAUCAACUGGGUCGCCACCUCGCUUACCUCGCAAGCAGCAACGCAGCCACUCGUUGACGGCCCAGCAUCAUCCAACGGAUCAGCACGACGUUCGCCAAGCAUUGAAUCAACAAACAACACCGCACAUGCCAGUUCAAUCCAGCACUCUGCCUCGAGUACCGCCAAUUCAGAACCAACCGCCAUCUUGCUCCCUGUCGCUGGGCCGUCAGAAGAUCACCAGGGUCAUCUCCGACCCAGCACUUCAACAGCAACAACAGCCUAUCCUUCAACCGCCCAACUUGAACCACCAGAACUCUCUAGGAUCAGCUCCCCCGAAACCACCUAGAAUACCCUAUGUCCCCAAUCAUCAACACCACGGGCAUCAUCAUCAUCACCACCAUCACCACCAUCACCAAGGCUACCAGGCAUCGGGUAGCGACAGUGGAAACGGAUCUGGGGACAGCGAGUUCGAGACUAACAACUCUGGAGGCACUAGCAACCCUUCAGGGUCUGCUCCUAUCAAAGGAGUAGUCAUCAGGAGCCAUUACGCGACUAGCAACGAUGGCAUCAACGGAAACAAUGGCAACGAAUACGAGCUAUCCGCGGAGGAGCAGUUGGUCGUGGCUGUGCCAUCUUUGGAAAUCUCUACAGCGCUGGACAUCGAAGGAUUUACUACUCUUUUGCUGCCUACUGGAGACCACAGGCCUCUCGACCCCACUGCGUUGAGAGGUGUCUCUGGAAUGCUUCACGAUUCGGCGCCCAGAGUGUUGGCUUCUCAUCUGACGAAGAUCGAUUUGGAGCUGGCACUUCUGCCCGGCGCCGGGAGCAGGAACGGCUUGAGCGGCAUCGAGUUAGCUACCUUGCCUCACGGCAGGCAGGUCAGAGUAGAUCUGAUCGAAAGAUCUGAGUGCUUGAAACUGGUGGUAGCUGUGACGGUGUUAGCCGGAGCCACUGCCAUCGAAAGAGCCGCGACUAUCAGCAAGUGGAUCAAAGUGGCAAUUGACACGAAGACUGCGUUGGGCAAUUUAUACGGGUUCUGUGGCGUGAUGCUGGGCCUGUGUCUGCCGCAGAUACAGAGGCUAGCGAACACGUGGCAUCUGCUCAGGCAGAAGCACACGGACGAGGCGUUCAGCUUCGAGGCGAAACUGAGGCCGACGUUGCGAGCUAUGAACGAGUGCACAAAUCCGCAAGCCCCGAACACCACGCUGCCACAUUUGUUGCCUAUUGCCUUGCUGGGUGAGAGAGGGCCCGAGGACGUGUUGGGAACGGCUGCGCCUUCGAGCCUAACAGCCGCCAUCUUGUCGCCGUGGGAGAACUCCGCGCCGGACUGCGGCCUCUCGAUCGUAUGGUCCCACUUGGAGUCGGCUCGCAAAAUGGCGGAGAACCUACCGUUGUUCCGCAGGAACGCGGAGAUCGCUCUGGAGGGUUCCAGAAGUGACGAGUUACUUUCCGACGCGUUUCGAACCGAAUUUCAUAUAAAAUUUCUAUGGGGCAGUCGGGGAUCUACCGUGGCGCCGGAAGAGAGACACCUAAAGUUCACGCAAGUCCUCGACGCCAUGUUCGACAAGUGUUCAUCAAGCGAGGUGGCGGCCUAAACGACCAAAGCAUAAAUUAUUUUGUAUAAAACUGCGAUCGGCGAACUCGUGCAGCGUAGACACGAGGACAAAUGAAUUCUUCUGUAAUAUUUCUGUCAGUAGCCAAGUUCAGUUGUUAACUUCAAUUUUUGUACGUGAGUGUACGGAUAUUCUGCGAAUUUCUAUAAUCUUUUCCGCUGAAAACAGUGAGUCAGGCGAUAAGUAUUCUCUCUUCUAAAAUUAUCGUUGCAUGUGCUACUUCUAGGUUACCGUUAGUCAUGUAUUUACUUGUACAUAUAAUUGGAAAACGAUUUGCUUCGUAAAGAUAAGCGCUUCGUCUUGUACUUUCCGAAUGAUUCUCAGUCUUUGUAAAUAAUUUCUGUGUUUCAACGAAGCGUUCAUUCAAAUGUAUUCAAAUUUCCAAGGUUCGUUAUUCUGAGUGAAACAACUGAACUCCAAGUAUAAGCUAUUCUUCUAGUGUCCACGCUGUAUGACGCUUCGCGUGGAUCGUUGAUGAUUUUUACGAACUUUUUUCGAGAACAAACAAGAAGGGACCCGAACGAAUUUCCGUUUCGCUUGAUUUACGUGUAAAUUAUGAUUAUGUAAUUAUGUAAUUAAAUAACUGUAAUUAAUUGUAAUUCUCACGAUGAGUAGAUGCAUAUUUUAUUUAGCGAGGCUCGGCGACGAGCCUGUGUAUACUUUAGUCCGACGGUGUUCGAUUUCGAAUCGCGCGCCACGACCAGCCAUUUCGCGCAGUACUCGCUCGACCGGCGAAACGUUCUCUUUUUUAUUGAACCGUAGCUCGUAAGGGAAUCCGUGAUCAUGAUUUUUCUAUCGAGACGAACGAUUCACGAUUUAAAUCAAAUUCGGUCGUAACAUAAAUACGUUCGGAUAUAUUCGACACUGUUGCGUAUCAUUGAUCACAUGAAGCAGUAAACUAAUACCGUUUAAAUUGGCUAGAAGUUGCUUUCUGUUCACCGCAAUUACGAGCAUUCGCAAUAAUUACAUUCGAAAUAUGUUUAAUAUUCACACUCGACCGUAUUUAUGUUACUAUCCGAUAAAAGGAAACGGUGACAACGAAACGGAGGAAGAGGAAACGCCCAAAAAACGCGUUCGUAGCAAUAGAUCGAUCGUGUUCACAGCCGAGAAACAAACAAUCAAAAGUGUAGCAUUAACGCGACUGGAAUUAUAAUCACAAUCUUAACAAUAAAACGUGUCAUAUUUAGCGGAUAACGAUUAUCGAGCGUAUCAAGGAUGAAUUGUUAAUUAACGACUCGCAUUUACCGUCUCGCGACAAACAGUGACGAUAUAAUAAUCAAACUCAGUUGAGGUAUCAUGUACUUAACUUUAACCGAUUCUAUAUUCGGCCAAUAAAAAAACGUUGUAAAUGUUGUUCACGUUUGUUCAUACUUAAUAUAAUAUACAAAAUGAAAAUCAACGAUGUAAUUGUUCUUCCAUUUCCGGAGACUUGUAGUCUAUAAUAAGAAAUGAUUUAUUUCAUAUGCGCACCUUUGUAAUUCACUUUCGACUACAAAUUUUGAUCAGUCGGAGAGAAAGGUUGAUCGCUGCUAAAAGUGACCAACUUUCC